AUGUCCUACUCGUCAUCACGAAGCUCCUCGCGUAACACUGACUGCAAGGUGUAUGUGGGUGACCUAGGCAACGGUGCUGCCAAGGGGGAGUUGGAGUGGGCAUUCAGCUACUAUGGACCUCUGCGCAGCGUCUGGGUGGCCAGGAACCCACCUGGCUUUGCCUUCGUUGAGUACGAAGAUCCCAGAGAUGCUGAGGAUGCAACGAAGGGCAUGGAUGGCAAGUGAGUACACGUGCGGUUGCAUUGCUUACUGCAGCAGCACGGUAUUCUGAGUGGAUUCAUAGGGCUCAAUCUUUGACACUAUUUUUCAGAUUUUUCCUCAAUUGCAUGCGUUACACCUUUACAAGAACUGACAGAAGGCUAUAUAUCCCAAUAUGCCAUCUAUUCUUAAACCAUUGUCAUGUUUCAGAGUGCUCUGUGGUGCCCGCAUAAGAGUGGAGUUGUCAACAGGCAUGUCUCGCAAGUCACGCCACGACCGCCCCAGCCGCCGGCACUUCGACCCCAACGACCGCUGCUACCAAUGUGGCGAGAACGGCCAUUAUGCAUAUGAUUGCUAUCGCUUUAGCAAGAGGGGGGGCAGCCGCCGCAGAAGGUACAGUGUUGAGGCUGUCUUCUCCAGAAUGUCUCUUUCACUGUUAUUGGAAUGUCACUUUUGUUGAAUGAUAUUCAACGACAUGGUGGCUCCUAGAGAAUGUAAUUUUUGUGGAAGCAUCAUACAUAUUUGUUGUCUUUAAAUGCUAUACCUUUAUACUGCACACAUUUGAUAAAUGAUCCACUCCCAGGUCCUGCUCACGGUCAAGGUCCAGGGGAAGGCGUUACCGCUCACGCAGCCGAAGCAACGGCCGCAACCGGUGA